GAGAGGCUGGAGGCGGCGGCGGCGGAGGCGGCGAACUUCUGCGCGUCCCGAGCCCCGGCCCCAGCCGCUGCCGGCCUACACCAUGCUCUCCAUCCUUGUCCCUCCGGCCGCGGGCGGCUUCCCCUCUGCCCUUGCACUGCGCCAGGACUCCUCGGGCUCCUCUGGCUCUUACCACACCGCGCCAGGCUCGCCGGAGCCCCAGGGGCCGCGCCCCGUCCUGGACGGGGCGGACGAUGACGGGGGCAGUGGAGUUCCUGGGCGGGGGCAACCGGCAAAGUUUGCGGGCCAGAACGCCAGGGUCCCUGGCCGAGGGGCGGGCCAAGCCAGGAGCGGGGGCUCGCAGCUUCGCCUGUCCAUCAGUGCCCAGAAUAGCCGCCAGGAGCCUGGAUCCGGUUUCCCCAAGAGGCCGGGACAGCGCCCGAGCCCUUUCCAGCUCCGCACCCUGCCGUCGGGGGAGAUGGAAGUGAUCUUCACAACCGGGCCCCUAGGUGGGACUCCCGUUCAGUCCCCCAGCGACUCGGACGAGGCGGACAGCGAGGUGCAGCAGCUCACCGCGCUCAGCUUGCAUAAUUUGUCCCGCCCUCAAGGCCCUUACCUCGACGUGCAUAGCCCCAGCGCGCAGGCCUCCUCCAGCCCAUCCCCAGCUCUCUCUGACAGCAGCAACCAAGCAGACCGCUGGGCCACUUACCUGGACCUGCGUCAGGAGGCUGAAUCUUCUGCCUCCAGGCUGCCAGAACCCCCCGCCACGUCCGGGAGAACCCAGUUCGAGUGCGUGGAGGUUGCACUUGAAGAUCAGGCAUUCCCGACUAAGCAGAGAACUGUCCCCAAGAGGCAGAUAGAGCUGAGGCUGAAGCCGAGCCCUCCGGAGCUGGAUUCAGCUGGGACUAAUGGGGUCCCUAGGCGCAAACUGUUUCUGCGAACCGGCUCGCUGGACGAGUCUCUGACCCGCCUGCAGGCCGCCUCCAACCUCGUGCAAACAGCACUGGCCAGGAAGCUGCAGACCGAGCAGACACUGAGCCCAGAGCAGUCAAGCCCAGGGGGCGGAGCUCAGCCCAUCCAGACCCAGCCAAGUCCUCGGCUCUGUUCCGACUGCGAUACCCAGAAGCCGGCGGAUUGGCCCCUGGCUUGGCCUGAGGCCCGGGAGAGCGAGGCCCCAACUGGACGUACUAUACGAAGCCCUCGAAGAGACUCAAAAGAACUCAAGCCCAGAGGGACCUCUCAGGCCGGACUUCCCCCGAGAGAUCCGGCGAAGGAGGCGCCUCUGCCCCCGGUCAAGCCCACAGGAUUGCGGGCCCCAGACGGGGUAGUUUCUAGUAGAGUACCGAGGCCCUGGCCCAGUCUUCGAGAGCGAGCUAUUCGUCGGGACAAACCAGCCCCCGGGACAGAACCACUCGGUCCCGUGAGCUCCAGCAUCUUCUUGCUGUCGGGGGAGAAGUCCCAGGAAACUUCUAAGUCUCGGUCCCGCAAAGAAUGGGGCCAGCAGCCGAGAUCUCUGUCUCCCAGGAGGACGCCAGAGGAUCGGGUGAUCCAGGAGACUCCCAGUCUGUCUUCCCAGGAGACUAGGGAUCCCGCCGUUCAGGCGACGCUGAUUCUGUCUGUGCAGGAGGCUCCCAAUGAGCUCCAGGAGGCUACAUCUGCGCAGUCAACUCAGGAUCCGACUGUGAAGGGACCUCAGAUUUCACCUACGCUGGAGACUACAGUUCCAGAUGCUGGGGAGCCCAGAGACGCCCCCGCUCCCUCUGGCAGAUCCCGAGUGACAAUUCCUCGACCUCGGGACGUACGGAAGCUAGUGAAGAACACCUACUCGCUGAGCUUCCCAGCUGCCGCCAGUUCCAGCCUGGGACUGCCUGAGCCUCCUUGCGCUCCCGGGGGCCCCAGCGAGGAGAGCGAGGCUCUGCCGGGAGCUCCAGAGCCCCCUGCUCCUGUUCACUACACUUCUACUUUCCAGAAGAACUUCCUGCCCGUAGUGACCCAUCCCUAUGAAGUCCCGGAGCCGCCGAUCACUGAGGCAGUGGGCGUAAGUGACUCUGCUCCUCUUAGCCCCAGCGGAGCCCCUCAGGGCCACCAACCUCCCCAGCCUCAGCGCCAGCCAACGGGCCGAAAAGGAGAUCCGACCCCGCGGAGGAAAGCAGAGAACAAUACAGCCAAGCCUUUUGCUCGUAGCGAGAUCCGCCUCCCGGGAGCCCUGUCUUUGUCCAAGAAGCCAGGGGUCAGGGCGCAGCCUGAGUCCUGCACCAAGAUCAGCCGUGUUUCCUCACGGUACAGUCCCCAGGUCCAGCGCCUCCUUCCUGAAGGAGAGCUCCAGGCCAAUUCCCCAGGGGUUACCCUGGGACCUCCCCCUGUCCCCAAGGAACCAAAAGAGAGGCCAGAGGUGGAAACGCACUGUCCACCCCAGUGGCCAGGGGCUAGGCAGACACCUAGCUCCUUGACAGGGCCCCCACAUCCAGACCUCAGGGGCUCCCUCAACCUGAGGUCCCCACACUCUGACCAGGCCAGUUCCCUGGCCCUACAGGCCCAGAGCCCAGAGCCUGGGGCCAAACCCCAACCAGGCCUGGCUGGGACCCAUCCCUCAGGGAACCAGAUUGCAGCCAAACCUGCUUCCCUAUCCCAGCCCAGGGCAGCUUCGGCACCACCUAUGACCCAGGUCCUUGACAGCCCCUUCCGGGGCCGGGAUAGGGGACUUCGGAACUCUGGAACCACCCCAUCAGGGAAGGUUCUGGUAGAUCCAGAGAGUGGUCGCUACUAUUAUGUGGAGGCACCCAAAUCUCCUAAGUUAAAGUUGCUCUUUGACCCAGAGAGUGGUCAGUACCUAGAAGUUCUUGUUCCCCCUUCCCCAGCAGGGGCACCCCUCCGGUUCUGCCCUUCCUUGGCACUAGGGCACAGCCUCUAUCCUUCUCCCUAUGGAGCCUACCCUGGGCUCUCACUACCUCCUUCCCCUGGACCCUUGCCUCUUGGUCCCCCUGACCUGUUGGCCCCAGGAACCAAACUCCCCUGGGCUCCUGAGGGAGGCACAGUGGAUGGGCUCUAUUACCUGCCCACAGGCAGUUCCCCUAGCCCAUUACCUGGUCUUCCUCUACUUCUGUACUCUGGGCCUCCCAAUUCUGGGCCUUCUACCACUACCAAAGGCUCACCAUUUUGAGUGUGAAGACUCCCCCCAGGCCCUGCCCACACCCCAUUUCCCCCAUAGGUCCCGCCAAAAGGGGCUGUUAUUCCAGCAGAGGCCCUGAACCCAACCUAGCUCUAAACCACCCCUCAGUUCCUUUAGCUUGGCACCUUUCUGGCACACACCCACUCUAGAUCCCAAUCCUACCCCCAAGUGACUUGCUCUUCUUUGCCUUUUUUGAUUCCAAUUUCCCACCUCCACAUCCACCACUACUACUCCCCACCACACACACCCCUGCCCCAGGCUACUCAGACCCUAGAUCCCAUUGGGAUAUUAUUGUGGCUGUGCCUCCAAACCCCAUUCCCCAGGGUACUGCUGAGGAUGGAAGGGGGAGUUCAGAGAGGAACUGUCAUCCCUUCUUCCCAAUGUGUUCAGUUCUUUCCUGUGCCCUGGGGGAGUGGAGGCACUGAUGUCAGUUAUAUGAUUGUGUGUCUGACGUGUGCCCUGUCACUAGUGACAGCCCAAGAAAGUGGAUGGCGGAAGGUAUGAGCCAGCAAGAGGUAUGAAUCAGGUUUGGGAGAAUAGGUUUGGGAGUUAUACUGACCGCUGAACUCAAGAUACAGGUUCCUUCUUGCAGUCAGAAAGAAAGAGAAGUAGCGUGUUCGUGUGGGGUUUGGGGCAAGAUUUGUGCCAAUUUUGAAGAGGUCUAGGAAAGAGAUGGGAGACAUUAAGCUCAUAAGAGGCUGUUAGUAAAGAUUCAGCAAAUCAAGCAAGCAAGAAGCAUUUAUUAAGCACCUACUAUGUCACUGGUACCGACAAUAAAAUAAUCCCUACAAAGUAAGAGAGAGGGAUUGGGGAGGGGGGAGGAAUAAUGAGGCAGUCCAUGGUGGCCAGCUUGAAGCUGGGAGGUUACAGCUAAGAUAACAGCAGCAGAUUCCUCCAAUAUGACUCUCCUCUCCCCAUGAAAAAACACCACCACAACACCCUAGCUUAGAUUCUUUUCUCCUUUAGAAGUGGUUGAACUUUUGUUAGUCAAAUAGUUUCCAGUUAGGAGAGAAUCUUAGUAAUCAUUUAGUCUAGCACUCCCCUUUUCAUAUGAGGAAACUGAGUUUCAGUGAGGGAAAGUGACUUACCCAAAGUCAUUUAGCAAGUUAGGUCUUGAAGAGCCAGGAAUUCCAGUAUCUUAACAUUUCCAGCAGUGAGAGUUAUUAUACAGAAGUGAAUGAGCAUCACUUCUUUUUGUUUUUGUUUUUUUUCUGAGGCCAUGGGGUUAAGUGACUUGCUCAGGGUCACACAGCUAGUAAGUG